UCGUGUGAAAUGGGCAGCAGUUGUGUAAAGUGUAACAUUAUGCGCUCGUUUGUAAAAUACACCAAUGUAGAAGGUUGAAGGUGCGAAUGUGUUUGAGAGACUGCAAGAAACGAGGACAAGGCACGACGAACGAACCGAAUUAAAUAUCACAAGGAGUACUCGGCGAGAACGGGAGGAGUUUUGAUAUUUAACAAACACAUUUAAUAAAAAUAAUACUUAUUUCCCAUCGCCAUCCCUGAGACCGACACAGACAGGAACCUUCGAUCGCGUCUUCACAAUUCUACACACAAUUUAGUGCGACGGACCCAUUCAGGAAGCGUGUCCCGGCUGUAUAUAUACAGUCAAUGGCUGUGACCUGCUCGGUGUUUUCAUCAGUAAAAUGGACUUGUAGCUGGAGAGAAGAGACAUGUUUACCUUUAAGGCUUUGCAGAAAAACAAGACGGUCAAAUAUGGAGUCCCUAUGCUUUUGCUCGUAGUCGGAGGUUCCUUUGGCCUGCGAGAGUUUACACAAAUUCGCUAUGAUGCACAGAGGAUCAGAAAAAAGCUGGAUCCAUCACUGGAGGCCAAAGUAAAUGUCCAGAAGCAGUCAGCCAUGCUGGAGGAGGAGUAUGAGAAGUUGAAGGAGGUGAAUUUGGAGGAGUGGAAGAACAUCCGCGGUCCUCGUCCCUGGGAGGACUCCAGGGAGUACCAGGAGCAGCAGCGCGCCAGGCAGAAUAAAAAAGACUGAGGCUCAGCGGGCUGCACACACACUGCAGCAGGGCGGACCAGACGGGAAUGGGCCGAGUCUGGGGCAAAGGCACCGCUAAGACUAGGGGUGUAAAUCCCAAGUUUUAUCUCAGUACGAUAUUCUAUUGAUUUUUUUGGACACCAAUACAAUACAAUAUUUACUGAUAUCUUAAAGUCUGUCACGAUACGAUUUUGAUUGAAUUCAGGGGCCUGCGAUCGAUACGAGACAUGAUCAUAUGCCUAUUUUACACAGUAAAAUAUUUUACACAGUAAAAUAUGAUUUGUCAGUUUUUAUGGCUCUUCCAGGCAUUUAAAUUACAAACAAACUAUUCUUUUUAAUAUAAAGAAUAAAGAUGAAGUGGGAUUCGAAAAUAAAGGGGCAUCUUACAUACGCUAUGUGACUGUACUUUCACUUUGCAUCGAUAAUAUUGGAUCGUGGCAUAUUGAAAUGAUAUAACGAUCCAGAUCUCUAUCGUUACACCCCUACCUGAGACCCAAGCAACCCAGGCGCUGCAGCCUCAGGGCAUGGACUCGACUUCUGUGGUCUUGGUUUGUGUUGGACUUUAAACUUUUUGCUUAUUGUUUGUAACAAGUUGUAGUCUCUUCUGGUUGUAACACUUUCAGGACUACAGGCGGUAAGGUAAAGCAGUGUGCAUCGGUUCUUAUUGUUUUCUACACAGAAGUAUAAAGCAGUCAGCUGUCGGUGUGUUAUUCUCCACUCUGAUCAGGAGCUUGUCAUAAACAACCAGUAGGUGGCACAUCUGUGUGCUGCUGCACCUUACCUUACACAAAGCAAGGUAGGAAAAAUAUAUAGCAAUGUAUGAUUCCCAUGUCUCAAUAAAUUAUUUUCUAUUGAUCCAAA